UGUCACACCGUAGAACCGCUCCCAAGUGACUCACAUCGGUGCCUUUAUCUAGAGAAAGUCACAUUAGUACGUAGUGAUGUUGCGAAACUGAUGUAGUAACGUUGGCAGCCGACGUACUUCAGUAUCUCCGGUAGGCCUCGUGUGUUUUACGUCGUUUAUUUUCGUGUUUUUUUUGUGUUUUGUUAGCAGCUAAACGGCAGAUACCUGACGUUAGGUUGGGUUAGCUCGCUUUGGAAACGACAGAGGUGGAUGUUUUCUCAUGGAGGAUUUGUCCAGUUAGUAGUCAAGAGAAUUUACGAGUUGACAAGGACAGAGCCGAGGAGGUACACGCUUGGUUUGUUCACCAUGGGGAACUCCUGCAGUAAUCUGGGGAUCCCUCCAGCGAAGGGCCCCAACGCUGUGGGCUGCACAGACUUUAUGAUGGACCACACUGCUCAGGGCAGCUUCUUCCGGCUCUACUAUCCCUGUCAGGAGACUGAAAAAGCAGAGAAACCCGACUGGGUGCCGUGCAGGGAGUAUUUCAAUGGCCUGGCAGACUUCAUGAAGAUCAACCGGACCCUCAGCGAAAGGAUUUUUAACCACCUGUUUGGGUCCUUUAAGAUUCCGGCCUACUUGGACGCUCCGUUUAAAUCAAAUGGAAAAUGUCCUGUGGUUAUUUUCUCUCAUGGUCUGGGAGCCUUCAGGACUUUGUAUUCAGCGAUAUGUGCAGAAAUGGCCUCUCAGGGCUUCAUCGUGGCGUCCGUGGAACACAGAGACCAGUCGGCCUCAGCUACGUAUUAUUUUAACGCAGAGUCAGAAAGAGCAAAUGAGAAUUUGCCAAAAAUGUCGGCUUCGGCCCAGGACAGCUUGGUGAAGGAGUGGAUGUACUACAGAGCUCUGCAGCAUGGAGAGAGCGAAUUCCCUCUCAGGAACAAACAGGUGAAACAGAGAGCAGAUGAAUGUAUUCUGGCUCUGGAUAAACUGACUGAAAUCAACUCAGGGAGAGCCGUGCAAAACGCUCUGCAGACGAAGUUCGACUGGACGACGCUGGAGAACUCCAUGGAUCUGUGCCGGAUAGCAGCGAUGGGGCAUUCCUUCGGCGGGGCGACGGUGAUCGAAGCUCUGUGCAAAGAGGUCAAAUUCAAGUGUGGAAUAGCGCUGGACGCUUGGAUGUUUCCGUUAGAUGACGAGACCUUCCCUCGGGUGAAGCAGCCCAUUUUCUUCAUCAACUCAGAGAAGUUCCAGUGGGCGGGGAACAUCAGCCGCAUGAAGAAGCUGGAGUCGGCCAUCAUCCAGCGGAAGAUGAUCACCAUCAGAGGUACGGUCCACCAGAGCUUCCCAGACUUCACCUUCCUGACAGGCAACUGGAUCGGAAAGCUGAUGAAGCUGAAGGGAGAGAUCGACCCACACAUCGCCAUAGACCUCUCCAACAAAGCAACACUAGCAUUUCUGCAACGCCACCUUGGUCUGGAGAAGGACUUUAACCAGUGGGACGCUCUCAUUGACGGACAGGAUGAAAACCUCAUUCAGGGAACUAACGUGACUGUGCUCCAGUCGGCCAUCUGACCUGCCACGACACCUAGUACCUCACAGAAGAAUCUGGAAUAUCCCAAGGCCGUCGGCCGAACAAAUGGGACUCAGAGCAACGGCCCCAAAACGUCAAGUCAGGCCUGAUUGGCGUUUGAUUUCCCAACGGACUGAGGACAACAUUCUGGAGUAGGAACAGGCAGGAAAGCUAAUCUCUACCUCAUGAGCAGGAACGGUUUGUUUUUCCUGAAGCACUCGGUGUCGUGGUGUUUGUUUCACGAGGCCUGAAUGUUGCAUAUGAGCAGCUCAGCACUUCUUCUUUUCACUGUUAAUGAAAUCUUAAGGGAAAUCUUUGUAAUCAGUUUCAUUUCUGAGUGUAUACGAAGCCAACAGAUAAAUCAUGUUAUUUAUCUCUCUGGAUUUAUGAGUGUCCAGCAGAGACCAGCUCCUCUAUGAUUGCUGUGUGAUUAUGUGAUGAGGCAUAUAAUGAGAAUCUUAGCGAUGGGCUACAAAGGGGAUGACUGAAGACUCGUAUGAUCUUAAUUAUUAGCAUCCAUUCUGAUUGAACGGAAUCAAUAAAAGGAAAACAAACACUAAAAGGCUGCAUUAAGAAAACAUGUGCCUUAACUCAUAGUACAGUUAAUCCAGGGUCAAUGACAUGGAACACUUUUAUACACUUACUGUCUGAAAUAUCUGCAUUUGUACACAACGGAAAAACAAUAAAUCUGGUUUGUAUAGAAA